GUGUUCAAUUGAGUGCAAAGAGAAUUGCAAAUUUGUAAACUGAGAUGGCGGGAAGUGAUUUAAGUAUAACUGAUCUGGAGGAAAGCUUCAAUAGAGCUGCUAAAUAUCUGCAAACAUUAGUAUCAGAAUUAGAUUCGGGUCAAUUACUUGGAUUUUAUGGUUUGUAUAAACAAGCGACUGUAGGUCCUUGUGACAUACCGAGGCCCAAUUGGUAUCAGGUGCAAGCCAAGCAUAAAUGGGAAGCAUGGAAAAAUCUCGGGGAUAUGUCCCGCGAGGCCGCUAUGGCCAAUUACGUUCAUGCCAUUGCUAAGAUAAAUCCAUCGUGGGAGGAAGAAGAGAAAGCCGAUUCUCCAGGAUGGACUUCCGUUAGCAAAUUAUCCAAUACAGAUACGGAAUUGAGAGAUACCGAUAAAACGUUCUUGGAUUGGGUCAAGGAAGGCAACGAGGCGAAAGUGCGAGAGAUAUUGAAUGGCGAACCCAUGCUUGUCAACAUGCAGGAUGAGGAUGGUUUGUUACCUAUACAUUGGGCCGCGGAUCGCGGUCACGUAAAAAUCGUAGAAUACUUGAUCGGAAGUGGUGCGAAUGUCAAUUCGCAAGAUCGAGAUGGACAAACACCCCUUCACUAUGCGGCAAGUUGUGGUCAUACGGAAGCGGUAAAGUGUUUACUAUCAAGUGGAGCUCAAACUAUAGCAGAUAACGAUGGUAUGACACCUAAAGACGUCGCCGAUGAUGAGCAUCUUGCAGCUCUUUUAUAACAUUAUACUAGUGUAUACAUAUACACGCUAUAUAAUAACACGAUUGUUAUUCUGUUUGCAUAUAAUAAUAAAUUCAAUGGUUUAAUAAUCUAGAAGUGCCUUAAUUCAUUCACUGUGUUCUGUGUAAUAGAGAGUAAAUCUUUAUUUAUGUACAAAUAACUCCUCUAA